AUGAACGGAGUGACCUGGGGCUUUCUCUUUGCACUGGCAGGCCUGCCUGCCUUAGAAGCCAAUGACCUGGUUGAUCCAAAUAGUUCUUUCAACUAUGACUGGGAAGGCCUGCAGCUGGGCGGCAUGGUCUGCGCCGGGCUCCUGUGCGUCGCUGGACUCUUGUUCGCCUUAAGUGGCAAAUGCAAAUGCAAGCACAAUCGGAAGCGGAGCCCCUUACCUGAGAAAGAUGUUCCACUCGUCACUUCAGGUGAGAUGGGCUUCUUUGAGAGCUUCCAGGCAUUCAGCUCUGCCAGUACCUGCUGA